CUCGCUCUCCCGAUUCCUUUGCUUUUACAAGUUCCAGGAAGUUUGAACUUUUUUUCCCAAAUUUGAUGUGUUCUGCCUCGGGCCGGAGAUCUUCCGUCUUCGCACUGAAAUGCAUACCCCUGCCAGUUGCGAGUGCGAGAUAUUAACGGCGACGACCUACGGCUCCUCUGGGGCUCGUGCGUCCACAGAGUGAAGACUUUCGAUCCUACAAUAGGCCCUUUAAACGCCAGAAAAUUCACUCGGGUAUAAUGCGCCAGCCGCGGAGAUGGUGUUGCGCCGGGCCCUCCGUGCUGGGUGGUGGAAAGAGAGGUCCCAAAGGCGCGGGCACCUCAAGCACAGCAUUGCCGACAUUGCUCGACGGAGAGAAUGGAAAGCUGGCUUCCUCGGUUUCGCAGCAUGACGAAUUUGGUGUGGAUAUUACAGACGCGGGCCACUUGUUCUGCCGCGACAACAGUUCAAAUGCCACCGCGGACGAGGAUCUGGAUUUGAUAUCCUCAGCCAGCAACGCGGAAAAAGUCGUAUGGAGAGCUCAAGAGAAAACUUUUCGAAGUGUCGCACCAGAGCUCCACUUGUCUAUAGACACGGACUACGGAGUAGAUAAAACAAAAGCCCCUGGCCACAGAAAAACGGCAAAAAAUUUCAAGACGCGAGCGCGGGCGCGCGUAACGCGCUGCGCGUCGCGUAACGCGCGAGGCACGCGGGGGGGCCGGGCCGGGGCCGGGCGGGCCGGCGGCAGGGAGCGGCCAGCUGCGGGGGCGGGGAAUGGGAGGGGCCGCGUCCCCCUUCCGGCGGCCGCGGGCCGGGCGGGCAGGUAGCAGGGAGCGGAAAGUUGCGGGGGCGGGGAACGGGGGGGGGGCCGCGCCCCCCACCCCCCCGGCGGAGACCGGCUCGGGGCGGGCAGGCGGCCACAACAGGGGGCGACGAGUGUAUAGGGGCGGCAGCGCAUCCCGCCCCGGCGGGCGGCCGCGGCCAAGGGCGGGGGGGGCCGGGGCCGGGCGGGCAGGCGGCCGGCAAGGGGCGUCAAAAGGCGGGGAAUCGGGGGGGCCGCGCCCCACUUGCAGGCGGCCGCGGCGCGGUACGGCGGCCGGGCGGGGGCGGGGAAUUAUGCGGGGUGCCGCGCUCCCCAAGGCGGCCGCGGCCCGGGGCCGGGCGGGCAGGCAAAGGAAGCAACAGGGUUGAGGCUGGUGUUGGGCGGGGGCGGGAAACGCGGGCCAGGGCGGGCCGGGCCGGCCGCCCGGGGGCGGGGACUGGCCGCAGCACGAGCGGGGGAAGGCAGGCGGCCGGGGUCAGCCGCAGGACAAUGUGUGCGGGCGGGCGGGUGGAAGUCGAGGGCGGCUGCACGCGGGGGCGGCGAGCGGGGGCGGCAGCACGCGGCCGGUGGGGGCGCCGAUGGCUCCCCGUUCGGCUGCGGGGACCGGGAACAGGCGAGGGCAGGCAGGCAGGCCGUGCGAUUAGCCAGUGCACACCUGCAUCGCGGGCGAGCACGGCGGGCUAAUGCCCUCCCCUGCGACCGGUGAACACAACGCGGGGACAGACGAGAUGGGUUUUUUAUGCAUGGGGGCCCUUCGCCGAUGAGUUCUUUAAGGGCUACGCGCCUGAGCGCGGUUGGACGUCACCGAUGGCGCUUUUUCCUUUCGCGUUUGUACGAAAUUUUUGGCGCGCAGUUUCUCCUUUCUCGAACGAACGACAGCGCGCGCGGUUUUUCUACCUAGCCGCACGAAUUGCGCGGCCUUCAGUGGUCUGUAACUUUUUGCUUUCACUAUACGGGCCAGGGGCCGGACUGCUGACCCUAGUAUAAGUAUAAAAAAAUGCUGUUUGUCGUUGUCCUGAGACAAAAAGUUGCGCGCUUGAUUUUUGUGGCAGAUGAGGGCUCUUGCAAGACCGAGUCCGAGGCGGGCUAACUGAUGAGGUUGUGGAAGGCUCUAAUAUCAUGCUGCACAUGAACACGAUAAGCACGCACUAAAAAGGCUUCAUCCUUGAUGUCAUGCGGCGCUUGAAGACAGUCGUGCUUCGCCAGCUUUUCGCUUUUAUACGUUUUUGCAUCUUCAGGCGGGUGCUAUUAUUACUCAAUAAAGCGACAAACUUCCGCCAUUUUUUAGAAAAGUUCUCUAACUCUUUCACUGGCAUAAGAUGACCAGAUCUUAAGCGCGCGCCUAUUCAUGCGAAAAAUGCAGCCUUACCAGCAUGCCCAGCACAGCCGUUUUCGCCAGCACAAGCUGAUGCCCCCGCAACCUCAUGCACGCCCUCCCAGUGCAGGAUAAGUAGAUGAUGAUGAGGAUGAUAUCGUGGAUACGCUUGUGUAACCGGAAAAGAAGUCAGUGGAGUCUAUCCAUCAACAGCUUUAAUCACUGGACCUGCCAACUUCUGAGAGGGUCGGCAGGAGAGAGAGAGUAGGGGUCGCCCGGAGCGGAUAGUUCCGGUUAAUUGCGCACAAAUCGAUAUUGAGACAGGCGACUUAAGUAGCAGUAACUUUUGUUGUUGGUCAUGGUUGAUCUCGCUCUCCGUUGUUCUGAACGGCGUGGGGUAUCAUGGUGGGGCGGUGUUUUUCACUGUGAAGAUGGCUGUCCCAUGUUAGUCAUUUGCUCGCUAGCCAAGGUACCGGGUACACUGUAGAAGAGUUUGCGUACUAUCCUUUUCCAUCCUUUACUUACUUAGUUUUGUAGCAUGCCCAUGCCGCUCGAUAGGCCCGUGACCAUGCGUGCCUGAAGUGUUUAUGACAGGAAAAUAGCUAUAGAUAGUACCAGUUGCGAGAGCGACGUACUACGCUCCGCCGGUGGAAGCGUUACGAAUAUUAAUACAACGGGGCUGAAAGCUGACCAUCGGCAUCUUCGAACGGCUGGCACGCCUGUGAGUUCAGGCAGAGAGAAAACUAGAGCAGGCAACGCGAAGGGGAUGUAAGGUCCGGCGGGUCCUUCAUCCUCAUGACGUGUCUGCCCGGCUAAAAGCGCCAACUUGCCCGAUUCGGCGAAAGAGCGCCACCUGAUUUGAUCGCGCGAUCCAAAUUUUCCCCACCAUCCUGCCCUGAGGCGGCAUGGGGAUCGCGCGAAGUCGCUGGCAGGCUUCGCGCCUGGUAUCUUUUUUCUCCCCAGUUGUUAGAGGAUGCGCCCUGGUGGCGACGCCAUGCCUGGCAGACUGGGUGGCGCGAGACAUGUGACGCAGGUGGCGCGCUCGCUGUCUUCAAACAGCGAGCCUGUGAGUUCAGCCAGAGCAGGGGCGACAAGGGUAGGCAGUAUGCCCGGCACGUGAGUGCUGGGCCUCUCACCCUAUUCCCCAUAGAAUUCGCAAGAGUCUGCUUCUGCUUGUGUAAACGCGGGCGUUUACCCCUCUUCGGCGCAAGGCAGAUGCAUUGGCUCGAUUGCGUGACCAACCGAAAUUUCACCCGCCCACCCCGCUAUGAAGCGACAUCAGGUAGGGCCGCGCGUGCUCUCUGGUAGGCUUUUUCUGCCAUCUUUCCCAUGGCUGUCAGGGUAUGCGCCAUGACGUCAUGAUACGAACGGCAGCGCGAGACUUUGGAAGCACUGCACUACGUCGCCAGAUGAACACUAACAAAGAAAAACAAGAGCAAAAGACCUCGAAUCAGGACCGUUUCCAGUGCCGCAGAAUUUUUGUGAGAGGGCCGUGGCGCAUGCGGCCACUCUCGGGCAGCCAAAUGUGGGACGGCGGGCGCGGUCUGCGCGCCCGCGAUACCUUUUUGCAAACGCAGCGCGAAGGCAUAUUCUGUUACCAUGUGAGCAGCCGCCGAGAGGCGCGAAGGCCAGAGAAGUCGGCGGGAUGUAGUUCCAAAAGGCUGCGUGGGAGGUGCGCGGAAGCACAGCACGACCACACGCAAAAAACAACCAACAAACGCGCCGGGGCAUCAGGGAAGGCGGAAAAGAUUGCGUUUUUUUCUCUGGGCCGCACGAGAGUCCGAAAAUAAAAACGACGGCAGAGAAUUUCCUUGCGGCGGCGCCAUACUCGCUGGAUGCAGCUUCAGGGCCCCCGACCUGCACGGGCGCCCAGGCCCGGGCGACGGCGCGGCGGAAAAAUAUAUGACAAGGCGCGCAAAAAGACGCCGUUGGGGGCUGGUGGAUGAAAGGGUGCGGGCGGAUUUUGUCCCGAACCGUCCGCCCUAUGGGGGUCCGGCGAAAUGCGGAAAAGCGGCAAAAAUUGCAAGUCGCGGACAGCAUGAUAGAGCACCGCCCAGAAGGGAAGGCGCGUUGCGCCUUCCCUCCUGGGCAGCUCCUAAACGCAAAAUGCUUUCGCGAAGCAUUUUGCCUUCAUGAGCUGCCCAGUAGAAGGGAGGUGCUUAAUGUCUGGAAGCCUGCCGCCUUGACUCCGGAGAGACAAGGGAGGAAACAAAGCAAAGGGCCUGCGCUCCUAAUCCGCCCGGAAGACUGGCCGGCAAGGGCGGCCCGGGGGGUGCGCACUCUCGCCAUGCUCCCGCGAGUGCGCAAAAAAAGGCCGCGAGGGAGUUGGGCGGGGGCAUGUCCCAAGCGCGCCAUCUGGCCAGGGCUAGGGGAGCAAAUCCUGCACCCGCCUGCCCCGCGUCAGAAGUGGCCGGCUCUGGUGGCUCGGCAGGGCACGCGGGCUUCUGGGGAAUUUGCAAAAGUUGCGGCGGCCCGGACUUUGCGCCCCACCCUUCGCCCCCCCGCCUGGCGAAAUGUCUUGCACGGGCGCGCGGCGGGGCCGCGCCCGCGGCUUGCGGCUUGCCGAAUAGGUAUGGUGGCUCUCGCGCUGGGCAAAUUAUCGCGCACGCACUUGCUUGCCAGGUUUGCCCCAAUGCCCCGAGGAGUUUCACCACUCCGCCGCCCGCACGUAACGCCGUCAACACGUAAGGCCGCCCACCAAAUGGAGGCGCUGGUCCUUACGUAUCCCCCCCGGGAAGCUUAUUUUGCCCUGGGCUAGAGCAGGAGGCGCCGCCCCCGGCGCGCCGCCGGGGUCACCCCCUCCACCUGCGGCCCAGGGCGGAGGCUUUGGGGCGGGUGGAGAGAAAACGCAAAAGCGCAGCGGCGGGUAGGGGGCGGCGGGCGAAGAGGGAGACGGGUCGGCCCCAGCGCCGGCCGCCACUUAUCUGGGGAAGCAAGCUCCGGCGGGUUGUCGUUUGAUUACCUACGAACAAUAUGAGUAUGCAUAUGCUGGGGUGUGCAGCGCGCUCCCGCGCACCCGAAAUUUUUUGUUGCCGGCGUCCCCGCCCGGUUGGUGGAGGGCAGCGAUACAUCCGAACCCGGAGCCUGCCCGUGUGACUGCUGGGGGUCUCGUAGUGGUAAGUAAGGGUGGAUCCAAAAUCGCACAAGGUGCGAAAUGCAGUUGGGCGGUGGUAGAGAUGGUCGCUGGUUUGGCACGGCCACGCCUUGCUUGUUCAAGCCACCUACCUAUGGUUUUUGGCCGGCGGAAUGGUCACGGGAUGCGUGGCGUCAGAGCCUCGGACUUCAUGGAUUGGCGAUCUGCACGCAUCCACCUGUGCCGGACAUGCAUUUAAGUACUUAGAUAGGAACUGCUUGUAGAAUCUUUAGCAUAGGCGUAGUGCGCUUCGUUAUUUUUGCUCGAAACAAUAGGCCGACCAGAAAAAUAACCCUUAGGUUUACAGCCUGGCGCAGGGAGUAAAUCUGCGGAGUCGGGUAUGAAGGGCACUAGUACGAAGUUGCAGCAGUUCGCAAGGCGACUUUCCGGCAUGCUCGGGCACCAGAGCAGCGCUAUCAUCGCCAAGUCCAUCUAUAGAGGGAAAAACUCAUCGCAGUCAUUUUUAUCAUUUUAUUCAAGAUUCCUAAUAAUAAAUACGUAUAACAAACAUGAGAAGCUUGCAAACUUGUGGCAGAUGGAAUGUCUGAUCUUGUUUCCGUUGCUCUCAGUCUCAGGAUUCAUUAGCCGCAUAAGUCAGGCAGUUACUCGCGCGCCAAGAGAUGCGAGCAGAGUAAGAGGUGAUCUUGUUCCCGGUGGGAGCUAAGGGCUAAUCUUAUUCCUGUUGGAGUCUUAUCCCAGCUGUUCACUCCAAGCCAGUGAUGUGCUGUAGGCACUGUAGGGAGGCGCACGCAAUUGAGAAACGGUCUGAAGACAGUAUCUCAAACCUACUGUAGGGAACUGGGCGCAUUCAGAUUCACUGGGCGCAUGUGAAACGAAAAAGGCGGCGCCGCCGAGGUUCGAAGGUGGGAAGAACCGCAGCCGCAGCGGCAUUCCGCUUCAGUCAUUUUUACGAUUUCUAUCUGUGUCUGUUGUUACAUUGAUUUGCUUUUACAGUUCCAGCACUGCCGGAAGUAUGUAUUGCAAUCGCCAAUCAACGCGUAACGCUGGAUAUUGAGCCAGACUUUUGCCCGCGGAGACAUGAUCUCACUUGUAGCUUGGACCUACCGAGGCAUGUGCCCAUUUGUAGCUGUUGUUUCUGAAUGUGAAUGAGUCAGAAAAAGAUGCCGCGGCUCAGAAAAAACAGCUUCUAGCUGUUACUGUUUGAUCGUGUGCUGCAGAGAAAAUAAAAGGGAAUGAGGAUAAACCUGGCAUAGAUGUUGACGGUCAUGCACUUUCAGGCAAGGCAGCUGCGGAAUUUUUUUUCGUCGAUUAUCAAACAAUUGAUAAGUGCAACGGCCUGAUGAAGUCAAAGAGGUAGACUGUGAUGGAGCUUUUCAUUUGGAUGCCAUGCCAGGACGGGCGAGUAGUACCCACAGCGGCUUACUCUGCGGCGAAGUAGCUGGUGAGACGGCGCGCGGCUUUGAGCUGUAUCCCGACACUCGUCCCGAGGUUGAGGGCAUCGCUCAGGUUUCGCCUGCCCUGGAUCCCAGUUUCUUCCAUAUCCGCCAGAAAGGAUAUACGAAAACGAAAAAAAAGGAGCCUUCGGGCUCACCUUUGUACGUACUGCUUCCAGGGGGCUACGAAGGGAUCAUGCCUGUGAACAAGAUUCUGGUGGACUUACCCCAGCAACAUUCCGACAAAUGGCCGAAACAUCCCAAGUACCGCGAAGCAUUUGCUGUGCCCUACGUGCUGGUUUGCCACAUAUCCAUUCCCAAAACAUCCCCAUCCGUUUUGACAAAAACCUAUCCGAUGGACGACAAUGGCUGGAACGGACUCACGUACUACACACUCGCGCCUGACGUGCUGGACGUGCUCGAGGUGGAGUAUCAGGAGUAUGCCAAGAGAACAGCAGACGGCAUGAACCGUGCAGCCAGGGAGGAUUUCCUAGUCUCCACUGUUCUUUUCCCCUCGGGUCUAACCGACUUGCAGCUCCACAAGCUGAAGCACGUUCGUCAUUGGCGGAAGCUGCUCCGCGCAGGGGAGUCUGUGCGGUCCCUCCCACUCAAAUGGCUGUGGACGUUUUGCCCGGAGAGCUUGAAGGGCAUGGAAAUGGACGGGUUUCCAAAAUUUUUGGUCGGAUAUGCGGGCAAGCCGAUUUUGCUGACCAAAUCGACACAGCUGCGUCCUCUGGAGGGAAACCUAGCGUCCCAGUGCCGUGUCCUGGAGAUCUACGUCGACACUCGGAAGUUCAGCAGCAUGUUUUGCGCAACAACGAAAAUGGCCUGGGAAUACGUCGCGUCGACGGACGGGCGACAUGCGCGGCUCGCUUUCCUGGUGGAGGCUAAAGAUGACGACCUUCUACCAGAGCGCUUGUUAUUUUACAUGGGAAUAAAAAACUUCCGACCAAACCUGCAUGGAAAGAAAAUUUACGUCAAGUGA